UGUCACUUGGCUGAAAGAUGGACAGCCCACGGACCCGACCGUUCCUCUGAGCAGAAAGGAUACAGGCCUGUACACCAUUGUAGCUGAAGGCGCUAGGUCAAGCCAAAAGGAACUCCGGGUUCUUGUAUUGUAUGGACCGCGAGUUAAUGUGUCCAAACAAUUACACUGCAGUGGAGGGAGCUCCUUACAACCUAACCUGCAUUGUUGAGGGCUAUCCUAAACCUGAGAUCAUCUGGUCCAAAGAUGGAGAGGAGGUGGAACUUCCAGAGAACCUAACAAGAAGUGAUUCAGGGCAGUACUUGAUCACAGCUUCAAGCAAUCUGUCAAGUGUCAACCACACAGUCGAGAUUAAUGUCAUAUACCCACCAUCACAGAUAGUUGAGCUCGAAGACUCUGAAGUUGACGUUGGUUCCGCUGUGUGGCUGAAGUGCGUCUCCGUGGGCAACCCACGACCAAAAUAUUUCUGGAAUUAUUACCGGACUGCCAAUGUGAUAGAGGAAAAUGAAGAUGGAGUGUCCCGUCUGCACAUCCACAAUGCUACUAUAUACAACAUGGGCUCCUACACAUGUCAUGCCUCGAAUGACAGAGGAAAUGUCUCUAAAACAGCCAGAGUUACUGUAAAAGGUGCCGGGCAAGAAUGCCCCAUCGAAAUAACUCCAGAAAGGAUGGUGGUACAAUACCAAAGCAGAGGCCAGAACGCGACAUGCAAAUCAACCAACAGUCAUGUCAAAGAAAUAUACUGGCAGGGUGUCCAAAAUAAGGGCACAAGUUGGUGGUCUGUUGACACCUAUGAAGACUGGGACCUAAGGCCCGUUUGUAACGCAAUGCUUAAAUCAACAGAAUCAUGCCAGAAACAUUUAAACUUCACCCUCUACAAAACACCAGACAGCGUUUCCAUCGGACCUGUAAAUAACUUGAGCUCAGUGGUGGAGGAGAGAGAGUUGCGGCUGCAGUGUGACAUUACCAACGUUGCUCCUGCAGGAAACCUCGUCGUGCGGUGGUAUCGAGGGAAUGAAACCUUCGAACCACUUAUCAAAGGCUCAAUGCGAGUGACUGGCUGCCUGCCUCAGAGCAACACAAACUGUGACAUCAGUGUUGUCCGAUCCCCGCUGAACGUGUCGUCUACCAUCAGCAUCAUUCUGACCAGAAACCACAACGGAGCAGAGUUCAGAUGUGACGCUCAGUUGGAUCUUGGACCUGAGGGACCGCAGCCUCCUCCAAACAUGAUGUCCAGUCCUCUUAACAUCACUGUCUACUAUAAGCCCAGCAUUAAUACCACAAAGCUUCCAAAGACGAUCCCAGUGUUCAGAGGUUAUCCUGAGGAGCUUGUUUGUGAAGCUGACGGCCACCCACCUCCGGAAAUCCAGUGGCUCUACAGCUCAGACUUAGUGCCCCAUGUGUCUGGAAACACACUCACUGUGUUUGAAGCAGGCAUCUACAAUUGCAGCGCCACCAAUGAAGUUGAUUCCAUCUCUCAUGAGGUCAAAGUGAUUUUAAAAGAGGACUACCUUCCCCUAAUAGCUGGAUUUGUGGCUGUCACAGUAGUUGCCAUCUCCAUCUUCUUCCUCUUCAUCUACUCAAUCUACUACAAGAACACCAGGAUGCGCCGCUACAGUCUUAAAAACCCCAAACUCGACACCCACAGUGGCAAUGUAGCCCACAACGGCUGGGACAUGCAGUUUCCUAUGACCAAACUGUCUUGUGAAAGGGAAAGAAAGCCAGUGAGGUCCUCCUGUCCAGUUAAGAUGAGCCCUUCUAGAGUUGUGGUGAGAUUUGGAGAUCCCUUCUCGGUCAACUGCAGCUCACCAUCCAACCAGAUACAGUCAAUGGGCUGGGAGUCUCCAUAUGGCACAGGCAUAGGACGUCAAGAUGGAGUCUCGUCUGUUUCCUUAAAAAUAGACUCUGUGACAGACUGGGACCUUCGACCACUCUGCUUCAUCAAUCUCCUUGACAACAAUCAGUGUUCAGAAAUCCUAUCAGUCACUGUUUACAAAAUGCCGGACAGUGUGUCCAUGUCUCAGCCAAGUCAAAUGGGCCCCAUGGUAGAGGGUGAAAAGUAUCGCAUGCAGUGUGACAUUGUUAAUGUUGCACCUGUAAGAAACCUCUCUGUGUCCUGGCACAAAGGAAAUAAGAUGAUCUAUACUGAGGCAUUUGACGAGACCAGUCCAUCUCCAGUCAAUACGUCAUCCAUCUUCAAUCUGACUGCCCAAAGAAGUGAUAAUGGCACUCAGAUCUGGUGUGAAGCACAGCUGGAGUUUUCGCCACCAGUACCAAAUCUACACACAAUCCCAUCAAAGUUCCAUGAAGUGGUUGUACUGUACUCACCAACCUUCACCAUGCCCGAAAAUGAGACACUGGAACUUAAAGCUAGUAGUAAAAUCAUUUUAGAUUGCACUGCUACAGGAAAUCCAAUGCCGGUAUACAGCUGGCAUUUGCCAAACACAAUACAACAGACGAAGAAGAAUAAAAAAGAGAAUCAGCCCAUUUUGGCCCCGUCCAUUCAGCUUCCAGGGACCUAUACCUGCACAGCGUCUAAUACCCAGGGCACCAAGACCAAAAUUUUUACUGUCGUCGAAGUUACAAGAAAUCGCACAACCUUUGCAGCCUUGGUUGGAGUAUUUUUGUGUGUGGCAGCCCUGCUCUUCAUCAGCGGCUUUUUUUUUGUGACACCUGAAGGCACAUUUUCUUUCAGCAAAGGCAGCUAUCUCAGAGGACGGCCCACCUCAUCAGGACCCGUAUGGGGGCCCUUUUGUUCCAACAUAGUUCCCUGCAGAGUUGCCAAGCUUGUUCAAGUUGGAAUUUGUUCUCACUCGUCCCUUAAUCGACGGCUCAGUGCAGAAAAUAACAUGGGAAACAACUUUCUUAAAUGGAUUCUGACGCUUUGCAUGUUUUAUUCAGUGUCAGGUGAAGGUUGCUCCCUAAUCCUCAAGCCCUCCCGGGUCGUGGUGGGUUUUGGGGAGCCGGUGUCAGUCAGCUGUGAGGCCACUCGCCCGGUACGUGUCCUGGGCUGGGAAUCGGUCAUCAGUGCUGCACACACUCAACGGGACCUUUCUGUUCGGUGGAAGGUGGACAGUCUCAUCGAUUGGAUAGAGGAGCCUAUCUGUUAUGGUGUGUUCUUCACAGCUCCCAGACAGUGUGAGGAGAAGCUCAACCUUGUCCUCUACAAAACCCCAGAUAGCGUCUCCAUCAGGCCUAUGAACCACACUGGCCCCAUGGUGGAAGGAAAAGAGUACCAGCUGCUCUGCGAGGUUCAGAAUAUUGCUCCUGUUCAGUACCUCACCCUGAGGUGGUACAAGGGGCAGACUGAGGUUUAUAACCACUCCUUCUCUGACCUCACAUCGUCCUCGCCUGUCCAAGUGUCCUCUAUCCUCAUGGUCACGCCAACUAAAGCCGAGAAUGGAGCACAGUACAGGUGCGUCGCAGAGCUGGAGCUCGGACCAGAGGGUCCACAACCACCUCCUACUGUGACCUCUGAGCCUCUUAAUGCCUCUGUGUACUUCCCCCCAAUGUUCCUCAGUCCCGAACCAGAGGUUUUGGACCUUAUAGUGGGUGCUGAGAUUACCUUGAACUGCACUGCCACAGGAAACCCCACACCUGUGUACAGCUGGCAAUCCUCCAGUCCUAUUCAGGAGAGGAUGGAGGAUGAAGCAGCUCUUACCUCCCCCUCACUGCUCCCAGGGACCUACACCUGCACUGCCUCCAAUACACUGGAGAAGAAGAGCAAGCAGUUCAUCGUCAAGGCCAAAACCAAAGGUGUUUGAAACAAGAAAUCUUGAGAUGGGAUCAGAUGACUACAUUGGACAUGCUAGGAGAUUCCAACUAAGGGCAUUUGACUGCUGCUGCUUUGGAGAUGGAAACGACAAUGCAUUACAAAUAUUUAUGAGGAUCUUACUAUCAAGCAGAAUUAGAUCAUAAAACAUUUUUGAAUAUAUUAUGUUUGGUAACUGUCAUUUAUUUUUGUCAGUAUUUUAACAAAAAAGUGUUUUCUGUAAAAUAGAUUGGUGGAUUAGGAUAUUGUAUGCUUUCCAUGUGAUAUCCUGUGUGUAAUUUAUAUUUUUGCUAGACUUGUUUUCAUAUUAAUGAAAUUAUCUUGUAACAUUACACGUGUCGCUACUCUUGAUAUAGCAAUGAUGACUACAUAAUCAAUUAUGUAUGCUGGGAAUUUACUACAGAAUGUUAAAGAUCAGCAGGCCAUUAACUGUAAAUAUGAUUUCUUUUU